AUGCCUCAGGUAGUUGACAUACCAGCAUCCAGCCUCCCUCUCCUUUCUCUCGUCUCUGCUAUCUUUGGCGGCGCUCUUCUUCUCCUAAUAACGAUAUUUCUCCACAUAUGCUCAUACUGGUACUACUCGCGCUCCAGACUUCUCCUCAUCACCUUGACCGGCUGCAUCUUUAGCAUCUUUCGUUUAAUAGUUGGUCUAUGCGACUGGUCUCUACCCGAUUCGUCUCAAGUAGCAAUUACAUCGUUAAUCCUGGUGACCAACAUAAUCGCAUUUACGAUAAACGAUGUGAUACUGUUCCUAAGAAUCGUGCCGUACAGCAAGAGUAUAUUGACGACACGAAUCAUGUGGGGAAUCACAGCUAUAACAAAAAUUGUGCUUUUUGCGGUUGUAGACGAGCCCCGCGAAACGGCGAUAGGACUGAACCAAUAUUAUUUGUUGAAGAAUGUAGCCCUUCGUCGACAGAUAUUCAACAUAUUGUUCGCAAUCGUAAGCGUUGUUUGGUAUGGAUACAUGUCACACGUAGCAAUAUCACAUCUACGCGAAAGGGGGUUACUGACCACGGGCCAUAUCUAUGGACCAACUAACGAUCAUGCUGUGAAAUUGAGAAGAUUUUUACAUGUCAGCAUAGAAUAUGCGAUUAUAGGAAUGGUAGUGACUACAUUUGCUAGAAUUAUGAGAGCUGUAUUGCCGGACGGAACAGCAAGUGUAUUCUUCUUUGCUAUUGCUAUUAGUGUGGAAUUGACCAUGGUUCCAAUGAUGAUUAAGUUAUCUAAAGAACAAUUGAGACAUGGGUUGAAGAACAAUAACAAGCCUAACGAUGUUGAAUCUGUAUACAAGGAAUAA